AUGCUCGUGGGGAAUCUGCUCUUGUGGGCAACGGUGGCGCUUGCUGGCGUGCCCCUUCCCUUCCUGGUGCGCCGAGGCGACCUGAACGGCGACGUGGCCCAGAAACUGAUAAACCGGGCCUAUUUCAGCGAGGGGCCCUCCGCCAGACGAGAUGGCCACGUCGAGAUCCAGCUCCACAAUGAAAAGACUUUCUAUGUUAGUGAGCUUGAGAUUAGCGGUCAAAAAGUCGAAGUGUUGGUCGAUACUGGCAGUGCCGACCUCUGGGUGCCGCUGGGCGACGUCGACUGCCACCAGCAACUGUCGUGCACCAAAUACGGGCUGUUCUCGCCGGAAAAGCUGGACCUGUGGAAGAAAAACAGUACCGCUCCGGCGUUUGAGAUUUCGUACACCGAUAAGUCGAAACUGAUUGGUACUUGGGGCCACGACGACGUCAGCGUCAGUGGCACUACUGUGAAGCUGUUAUCUUUCGCUGUGGUCAACCAGACGCUGUCCAACGUCGGGGUGCUUGGUAUUGGCCCUCCUAAAUUGGAGGUGACCAAUUCGGCUAACUCUCCGGGCCAUCUGCCCUACGUCUACGAAAACUUACCCGUGAAGUUGCGUAACCAGGGUUUGAUUAAGCGUACGGUGUUUUCCGUAUACAUGGAUGCUCUGGACGCCGACCAAGGCACCAUUCUCUUCGGCGCUAUCGACUCCGCUAAGUUCGACGAUAAACUCACCCGUGUCCCCAUUGUCAACACUAGACGCGACAAGUUCGACGAGCCGGCGAUGGUGGACGUGGUGGUCAACGGCAUCAACAUCGUCAAUGGCGACGACACCGUCGAGAUCCUGAAGAACAAGUACUACGCUUUGCUUGACACGGGGCUGACGGUGCUGUACCUCCCCAAGUCGCUUUACAAUAAGCUUACUGGUACUCUUGGUGCCACCCAGACGCUGAUUGGGGCUCAGAUUGACUGUAAAUACAGAGACAGCGACGUCGACAUCGAAGUAUCGUUCUCGGGUGUGUCGAUUAAGUUCCCCGUCUCUGACUUGAUCGUCGCCAGCACCUCCAGCUGCUACCUCGGGAUGUUCCCUCAGGACCUCGACUCUAUCACCUUGGGUGAUAACAUGUUGCGUCACGUCUACUUGGUGUAUGAUUACGACAACUUCGAGGUGGCGUUGGCGCAAACCAAGUUCACGCUGGACACGUCGUUCGACGAAGUGGACCUGCCGGAGAUCCCCAACGCCGUCACCGCUAAGGCCUACCUGGAGACUGACGUGAAGGGGUCAGUCACCGAGGACAACGCCUCCACCACGAUCGUGCCCCAAGCCAAGGCCGUCACCGACGAUCUGGGCUCAUCUUCGGACUCGAAGUCGGACUCUGCCUCCGAAACUUCCUCCGAUGCUUCUGACUCUUCCCAAUCUUCGGAUUCUGCAUCCUCCACGGACGACCUGGACCUGUCGCUGGCCUCGACCACCGACGACUCCAGUCUGACCUCAGACGCUUCCUCCACCAGCGAUGGUCUGUCUACGGACUCAUUGUCAAAAACUACAUCAUCAUCAUCUUCUGCUUCUGCUUCCGGUAAAGAGGCGACAUCGUCGACAUCGGCAGACUCGUCGUCUGACCACUCAUCGGCCACCAAGGCCGGCAUGGCCGUGGCCCUCACCGUGUCGCCCCUCAUGUACUUGGCCAUUCUCCUUGCAUAA